UGACAACCUACCUGACCUCCUGAGGAAAGUGGUACCUUUUCAUUACAUCCCUGAGAACUGCAACAAGCGGAUAACAUGAAGCCUAAACCUCUUCCAUCAAGGUUGUUUGACCGAAAUUCAGCCGCAGCACCAGGUGAGACUCUGAGUAUAGGAGCAGCAAAGUAUCAGCGACAUGUGGACUGUGUGGAUCCCCCAGAGAGUGUGGAGACCUCUGCCUAUAAUGACGGUCAGCCAGUGGCGGACGGCGGCAGACAAAAUAAAAAGUGCCACAGAGAAAUACACUUUGCCUUUCUGCCAGAGAGGUAUGAGCCACUGGUGGAUGAUGAGGCACAAGUCAAGGCAGAAGAAGAGAAGAAGAAAAGGAAGAAAGAAAAGUACAAAAAAGUAAAGAAGAACGUUGGCAAGGCACUGCGCGCCACCUGGAAGUGUCUAAUGCUUGGUCUGUACAAUUUUGCCCUCGGCUACUCUACUCCGAUCACGGUGGCUGCUACUUUUGUCCCUGACUUUCACCCAGGCAGAAACAGGACCUGAGCUGAUCUGCAUGAAUCUCCUCCAGUUUCUUUACAAACUCUAGUGCAAAUACCAGCAGUCCAAUAUUUGUGUAUUUGAAAUUACGUUAUAAUGUUAUUAUGUUAAUUCUGAUGUAGGCAGAUGUGAUAUGAAGUUAUUUUUUUCUUAAAUAGGCCUUUUUCCACAACAGACAUUUUGACUUGUCAUAGUAUUAAAAGCACAGAUGUGGCUUAUCGCAUUAAUAAUGGCUCUGUUCUAUUAAUCCGUCCCAGUCAUCAUUAAUUCCAGUAUUUACACCUGUGCUUCCUACUGUGAUAUGUUAAAAAGUCUUCUGUGCAGAAAGACAUAUACAUGAAAUCUUAAAGUCUUGUUGUUGAUCAUAAUGUGUGGACAUGAUGUACAGAAUACCAUGAGCCACUUUUUAACCAGAUUUGCAGAAUAAUACACUUUAAACAUCAUAAAAUUGGAGACAGAGGCUGUAAAAUUGAACCAAUGCUCUCUAUAUGUACUCCUUAACCCUAUAUCACACAUUACUCAUGCACUUAUUAACCCCUUGCUUAGAUACAGGAAAAAGUUGUGUGCCUUUUUCUUCAUUCAAAGAAUUUUUUUUCCAUUUUCUUUGUAUCAAGCAUCUAGCUGGUGUUUGCAUGUGUGCGGAGGGAUAAUGUGGGAAUGUGGCACCUACAGCAGGACAGGAGUGACUAUACAGGAACAUUUACUGUAGCUGCAGUUGAAGUGAAGCAGGGCAGGUACCCCUAUUUCUAAAAGGGGUUUUACAGGAGACCUAACAGGGAAGGGAGCAUCAGUGAAGCCCCUAAAAGGAGGAUUAGAGCAAGGCUGAAAGAGAAAGAAACCAGGCCGUGCAGCACAACAAAGCUAAUGUGAAAUACUGCAGCUUUAUGAAAAAAAAAAAA